AUGUAUUAUGAAAUAGAACAAGUAGCCGAGCCAUACAAUGAGAUUUUACGAAACUCAUCAAGUCCUUCGUCGUGUCAGCUGGUCAUAUUCGUAUCCUGUUUGAACAUCGACGCUCUCUGCUCUACGAAGAUACUAGCGGACCUGUUCAAGAGUCAGUUGGUUCAGUCACAGAUUGUUCCAGUUUUCGGAUACUCAGAUCUAAAACAGCAUUACGCAAGGUUAGACGAUGAUAUUAGAAGUGUUGUGCUUAUUGGAUGCGGUGGUAGCAUCAACAUGGAAGAGUUUCUGGAGAUAAAUACUGAUGAUCUGCUGGUAGACUCUAAGGAGGAUGUCAGGAGGUACAAGCGACAUAUAUAUAUCUUUGACGCUCAUCGGCCUUGGAAUCUGAAUAACAUAUUUGGAUCAGACAUUGUGCAUUGCUUAGACGAUGGAACCAUCGAAGAAUCUUUGGAGGAAGAGAGAAAAGCAUAUUACCGCUUGGCAGAGCUCGAUCUUGAAGAAAAUGAGACCCACGAAUCAGAGGAUAACGCUACGGAUGUCGAUGAGGAAGACGGUGUAUCGAAUGAUUAUGACACUGAAGAAGAUGAAGACGGCGACGAAGAAGAUUUCUCUCGAAAGAGAAGCACCGACUCCUCUGAGAACCCUAAUGCCAGUAAUAAAAAGAACAGGAAGCAACGCAAAACAUUAUUAGAUGAGUACGAGACCGUAAUAGAGGAAUAUUACUCACAAGGUACAUGUGUGGUUAAUUCUGUUUCUCUCCAAAUAUACUCACUCUUAUCAAAGAUUGGUGAAUGCAAUCUUCAUUACUUAUGGCUGACGGUACUUGGCGCAACUUCCUUGGAUACUGCGUAUCCUCAUGUAUAUAAUCGGCUUUACCCUUUACUACAGGACGAGGUAAGAAGAUUGUCACCUAGCAGUAAUACUGUAAAGACACCAGAUACUCUUUCUCUGGAAGUCCAGCCCGAUUACUAUCUUUUUCUGCUAAGGCAUUCAUCAUUAUAUGACAGCUUUUACUAUUCUAAUUAUGUCAAUGCUAAAUUAUCCCUAUGGAACGAAAAUGGUAAAAAAAGACUGCAUAAAAUGUUCGCAAGAAUGGGCAUAUCUUUAAAUAUUGCUCAAGAGACAUGGUUGUACAUGGAUCAUUCAAUCAAAAAAGAAUUGCGUAUCAUUUUUGAUAGGAAUUUAGACCGCUACGGUCUGCAAGACAUCAUAAGAGAUGGAUUUGUAAGAUCAAUGGGUUAUAGAGGAGCAGUUAGCGCAACCGAAUUCGUCGAAGCAUUAUUAGCAUUACUGGAGGUUGGUAAAACCAUAGUAAAAUACGAUGAAAGAAUAGAACCCACUGACAAAAAUUCCGAAAUGAUUAAUAAAAAUUUUUUUGAUCGAGAGGAACAGAAGAAGUGGGUUGCAAAUUUUUGGCUGAGUUGGGAUGCUCUUGAUGAUGACAAAAUAGAAUUGUUAAAUCGAGGUAUUCAGCAUGCCAAGACCUUGCAGAAGAUCAUCUUCAACACUGGUGUGGCUGCGUUGGAAAAAAAAAUGAUCAAAAAUUUGAGAAUCUACAGACUAUGCGUUCUACAGGAUGGACCAGAUUUAAAUUCUUACCGAAACCCUCUGACGCUACUACGUCUUGGUAAUUGGCUAGUCGAGUGCUGUGCUGAAUCAGAAGAUAAUGCACUGCUGCCGAUGGUGCUCGCAAGUUUGAACGAAGCUACCGAUACCUACCUUGUUGCUGGUUUACCACCUAGAUACCCAAGAGGUCUUGAUAUGCUGGAAUCUCAAAAACACAUUCUUAACAACUUUAGCAUGGCCUUUCAACAAAUAAGCAGCGAGACAGGCGCCCGUGUUAGAAUUGAUAACUUUGAAAGCUCGAUCAUCGAGAUUCGUAAAGACGACUUAUCCCCAUUCCUAGAAAAACUAACACUGAGUGGUCUACUAUAG